CUGCUUCACACAGUCAACCACACAAGCGAGAGUGGAGCAGCCGCCUUCAAUCAGACCCCCCAAAAUAGCCCAAGGGGAUGGGUUGGCUGCAGACCCCAGCAAGGUCCAGAGGAGUCAUGUGUUCAACCUUGUCCUCCCAUGACACAGACAGAGAGGACAGGAGAGGAGUGGAGAUCCAGUGAGCCACAUAAACCAACAGGAACCAUCUUACUCGGUGGAUAUACUAUAGUACAGGAGGAGUGACUGUUUCUGCCUCUGCUUGUCACAUGCACUCACUGUAGUCGGAGGGGGAAGUCAGACUGAGUGUGAGCAUCCAGUAGUCGAGAGGCUGGUCAAUCCUGGACCAUGAAGCUUAGCGUGGCGUUGUUUUUUGCAGGGCUCUUUGGGGCGUUGGCAGCUGUGUUCAUCCUCCUGUCGUUUGGAACUGACUACUGGCUGCUGGCCUCAGAGAGUUGCCACCCAAACCCUGACGGAUCUGCUGCUCUGGGUGGUGUGACCAUAGAGCGUGGAGAUGUGGUGGUGCAGGACAGCCCCAGUGACAUCACUCUGUACCAUGAGGGCUUUUUCUGGAGGUGUUCGUUUAGAGGUGACGUCGGUGACGACAACCUGCUGUGGAAGCUCUGGUUCACAAAUCAGCCCCACUCAAAAGUGUGCAUGCACUCCUACCUCUUCCCAUUCCCGGUGUCUCAUCAGACCCACAAUGCCACACAGUAUGAUUCUGCCAUAAUCUACAGAGGUUUCUGGAGCAUCUUCAUGCUCAUUGGCGUGGUGGCCGUAGUGCUCGGUGGGUUCAUCAUCAUCUGCGCUGCUCCGUUCGCCAGUCACCGCUUGUACAAAGCAGGAGGUGGUUUCUUCCUGGCAUCCGGUCUCUUCCUGCUGUGUGUGGUGGUGAUGUACGUACUGUGGGUGCAGGUGUUGGACGUGGUAGAUGUCUACAUUGACCACCAGCGCUCUCAGGUGUGUCCAGGCUUCACUCUGUCCCUCACCUACGGUCUGUCCUUCAUGUUUGCCCCCGUUGGCAUCUUCUUCUGCCUCCUGUCCGGCCUCCUUUUCCUCCUCAUCGGCCGAACCAUCCAGGUUCUUUACCACUGAUUUCAGCCAGUGGUAGGUUAGAGGAAGAGUGGAAGCGAAGUUAUUUACUACAUGUUCUUUGAUAUUUUCCCAUUUUGUCUGCCAUGUUAAAGCAGGACUCUGUAUAUACUAUCUGGCAGCUCUGUGGUGUAAAUUAUCUGACAGCUGUGAGCACUUUGUUCUGGGAUAAAAAAAAAUAAAAAACAUUGCUCAGAAAUAGCAACAUAAUUCAACUGAGCUACCUGCAGGUUGCAGAUUAUAUGAAGAGUUCUCUACAAGCCUGAUUACGUACAGUAUACAGUGUACUAUAAUACCUGUGGUGCUUUGACGGUUGUGAGGGUUAUUAGUGUAUGUUCAUGAAAUUCAAAAUUACCAGCAAUCAAAUGUCGAUGAGAUGAUGCUUGGGAUGACACUGGAGAGAUAAAAAAUUAAAUGAAAGCAAGUUAUAUACAAUAUACAUUUUACUUUGUAUAACAAGGUCGUUUUUAUAUUCUGUGGGUCGCCACAAUAUAAUAUAAUAUAAUAUAAUAAUAUAUAAAUAAUAUAUAUUAUACAUUUUUUUGUUAUUGUGCACAAAUCCAAUGAAAAGUAUCCAGAACUAUUCAUUUAUACUGUAGAUGUCUGUGAAGGUUCUCCAUCUUCCAGAUCAUCUUUCUUAAAUCUGGGCUUGGUUGUAGAUCCGUGAAGAUGCUUCACCUCUCAUCAAAGAGGCUUCUUCAGCUCUAUACUGAAGAUUUAAUCAUGGAUAAAAGUUCCUGAAGCUCCUGGGCACUGUAGUUUUUAGCAAAUGUUUCUCAAACAUUAGUGAAUAGUGAAUAGGGACUAUUUUUAGCCGUGGAUGAAUACACACACAUCUGGUGUUCUAGUGAGUAUUUAUGAUGUAACAACUACAGUGCCCAUGCUCAUCCUGAUGAAGGAACAUGUCACUCAGUGCAACAGUGUGUCUGUUUGUGUGUUAUUAAUAGUUUUUGGACAAGCACAGUGGAUUUAUAUCAGGUUCUGUUCUGUAUUCUCUGCUGUUUUUUUAUAUUGGCAAUAAGAAAAAUGUAGAAUAUCAUCAACAUGAACAAAUAAUUAUAUUUCACAGAGUGUUUUUCUGCAGUUUCAUUUGACUAGUUCUGUACAUAGCCUGAAACUGAUGUUUUUUCCUGUUUGAUCACUUCAUUCUGUUUAUAAGUGGAGCUUGAAGCAUGAUUGGCUUUUUAUGUUGAGUUUCACGUUUGUGUCACUGAGUUUUUGUUGUACAUGUUUUCACCUCAUCAGUCCGGUUCUUCCUUGAGUUAGGCGUGUUGUGAUAUUUUCUGACUAUGUCCGUCCAGAUAAAUGUAUUUUUCUGUGAUCUGUUUGCCAAUAAAAAGGACAACCAGC